AUGAUUGAGGAGAAGAACCAGGAGAUCGUUGCGGCCGAGUGUGAGAAGCUUGAUCAGUUGAUUGCUAAGUUCACGCGAGGCUUUGAUCCAUCUAUCUUCCGCAACGAAGUCAUCUCGGCCCUCCCACACCUCGCAGGCUCUGCUUUCCCAAGCAACCAUGUGCAUCUUCUGCUGUUGCUCUUCGCCACAGAUGCGGAGGUGCAAGUUAUGCAGGUGGAGCUUGAGAAGUGGACCUUGCAGCGUUACGAGGACGUGUUCAAGCGCUACAGGGAGGCAAAUAGUCUCGAUGAAACGUACUUUGCAGCCGAGAUCGAGACUUUGCGACGACUGCUUGAACCUCUGCGUGGAGAUUCCACUCAUCCGGUCUACUGGCUUGGUUCUCGACGUGCAGAUCCAGGCCAAGCUCGACAGCAGCUCGAGGCUGCGACCACGGUGAUCAAUGCGUUCAAGAAGGACUUGAUUGCUGCUCUGCAUUUCGGACCCCAGGAGCGUGAAUUCCCCAAGCCGCUUCCAGUCUCCGUCGAACGCUCUGCCUUGGUUAGCAUAAAGCAGCUGCGUAUUGACGCAUGCAAGGACACUCUGCAAUGGGAUGAGUACAAUAAAAGCACUCUGGUCUUCACUCAUUUUCAUUCGGCUUACAAGGCACUGAUUUGCAGAGACAAUUCGGACAAGGCCCGUAAUUUAGGUUGGCUGCCACCUGCAGUGAUGGUCGCUCCCCGUGCGUCGAGUCCGCAUGCAGCUGUGGGGGAUCUUGCCUACUGGCCGCUCAGACAGGAUGAGAAGCGCAUUUACGAUCUCUUGAUCCGCACCGCAAUCUGGCUGGCACUUGCAAGAGGUCUCCCCGCAGUGCAUCUAUUCUGCGACAUUGUUCGAGUCUUUACCUUUCACAAACCACCUAAAGAUGCAAGCCUCGCAGAAGUGGCGUACCUGCGUCGUUUGACCCAGCUGCGCAUGCCUGUAGAAGAAGAAGAAGAAGAAGAAGCAAUUCACCCCGAGACUCAAAUCCCACUGACUUUCCAGAACCCGUCAUUGACAACCAGCAAUGACACUUACUUCAAGGACGUCUGGAAGUCGGACAAGAAUCUAGAAAAAGAUCUGGCACGGCACGUCACGCUCACUGGAUUGAAAACGGCCAAGGAUGUCCGCGACUCCAGACCCCUUCCGCCUCGCCGCUCGUUCCAGCAGCAGGCACAACUGAUCAAAGAUGCUCUCACUGUUCAGAAGGGCUUCGACGAUAUGUGGCCUAAAGAGCCGGUAAGCAGUUCAUUCCUACAUCUGAAGACCCACAGCUAA